ACGUGUCCUAAUCUUUUCUGUAGAUUUUUCUUCGAACUCAUCUCUUCCACACGAAUCGGUCAUCAGUUUUCCAACCUAUUUAAGCUAAUCAUCCACAACCCCAAAAUAUUAAUCGCCAGCCAGCAACUAGGAACCAGAAAUUCUCUCUUUAAUUAUCUCUCUCUCUUUCUCUCUCUUCCUCUCUCUCUCUCUCUCUCUCUCCCCCCCCCCUCUCUUUUAGCAUUCCCAAUAUUUUUCUGGUUAAUUGGUCAUCAGCUAAGCUUCGCUUGUUGUUCCACUGUUGCUUGAUUACCUGUCAUGAAGAAAGUUUGUUGGCCUUACUUCGAUCCUGACUUUGAUAAUCUCCCAGAGAGGAUAUAUGGCCCUGCUUGUCAAGUAAGCAUCGACAAUGAAGGGAUGGAAGAUUGCACAGUAGUAAAGGUGGAUAGCGUGAACAAGCAAGGGCUUCUCCUGGAAGUGGUGCAAGUUUUGACAGACAUGAACCUCACCAUCACUAAAAGUUACAUUUCUUCUGAUGCUGGAUGGUUCAUGGAUGUUUUUCAUGUGAAAGAUGAACAUGGCAACAAAGUUACAGACCGGACUGUCCUUAACUAUAUUCAACAGGCCAUAGUUACAGCCACUGGCCCCCCAGACUUGGCCAAGUCCUAUGCCAACAACCACCCUAUUUUAUUCGAACCCGAAAACCCUAUUGAACACACCAGUGAAAAUUCUAGCGAGCACACUACCAUUGAAAUGACCGGUACAGACCGGCCCGGUCUGUUUUCGGAGAUCUCCGCUGCCCUGGCGGAUCUCCAAUGCAACAUAGUAGAAGCGCAUGCAUGGAGCCACAAUGCCCGCCUGGCAUGUGUUGCUCAAAUAUCUGAUAAAUCAACCGACACCCCAAUCGACGACCCCCGACGCAUUGCCACCAUAGAAGGCCAUCUCAUCACCGUCCUCCGUGCCACCACAGCCCUCAGCCCGUUUGGGAAGGAACCCAAUUGUCAACAAGAAGUGAAGACCUCUGGGCUUAUGGGAGGAGGAGAUAGUAAUCAUAAUAUUCACCAUGGCACCAUGAGUACUAAUGUGGACCGUAGGUUGCACCAGCUCAUGCUUUCUGUGAGGGACUUUGAUGGGCCUCACUUGGGGCCUGCAAGCUCGCCAAGGACGCCCUUGGGGUUGGAUAGUGAGGAGAGUCGGAAGCCAGUGGUUUGGAUUGAGAGUUGUAAGGAAAAAGGGUAUUCAAUGGUGACUAUCGAGUGCAAGGAUCGGCCGAGGCUCAUGUUUGAUACUGUGUGCACCCUCACUGACAUGCAAUAUGUAAUUUUCCAUGCUUCUGCUAGUGCCCAAGAAGGUUAUUCCUUUCAGGAGUAUUUUAUUCGACACAUCGACGGGGAUGCCCUGUGUACUGAGAGUGAGAAGGAAAGAGUAAUAAAAUGCUUAGAGGCUGCUAUUGAGCGUCGGGUUUGUGAGGGUGUUCGGGUAGAACUAUGCGCAGACAAUAGGAUAGGGUUGCUCUCGGAUAUAACUAGGGUUCUACGGGAGAAUGGACUUGCGGUUGUUCGAGCAGAUGUAGCAACGCAAGGAGAAAAGGCCGUAAACGCCUUCUACGUCAGGGAUAUUUCAGGCAAAGAAGUAGUAGACAUGGAUUUGAUCGAGUCGAUGAAGAGAGAAUUAGUGGGUGAAAAUCCAAUAGAAUUUCAAGUCAAGAAUGACAUGGAUGAGACCGAACUCACUUGAAAAAGGGUCGUCCCCUCUCUCUAAUUUUGGAGACAUGCUGAAAUCUCAGAUAGAGCGAUUUUCGUACAAGUUUGUCAAGACCAAGUAGGAGGAAUCGAACCAUUGAAUGCAUGAUGUACAUACGUAGAAAAUCACCAUCUCAGGCCAUUUCCAAGGGUUGUAUAUACAUUACGUGUUAAGGGAAGCAUUAUUUCUAGGCUCUUAGGUUGAAUAUGUGGUUUGUACAAAAAUAAUAAUAAUAAUAAUUUUUUUUGUCAAA